CUAAAAUGUGUGUAUAUGAUAUAUUUAAAAUUAUUUAAUGAAAAAGAUUAACACACCAACCACGGACUUUGUAUUGUUGUUAUACAGAUAUUUUAGUAAAUGAUCUGAUACCACCCUGUCUAUCUUGACGCUCAUUCGUUAGGUCAUAGAAUGAGCGAAUACGUCUCUCUUCCAUUUAUUUAAUUCAACUGCGUUGUAUUCGUCAGUUGUACGACUAAGCCAAUAUUUGGAUUAUUACAUUGAAUACAUCGACCAAAUUUCGAAUUUUCUCUAAUUUUUCACUUUCCUGGCUUACUGCAUGUCAUUUGGCCCCACUAAUUUGACACAGUUUCCAGCUAUGUUAGCAACUGCACAAACUGGAGGCCCGACUGCAUUUGUCGCAAUUAAUAACAUGUUUCCUGCCUCUCCAUGUUCAUUAGCGAAUUCUCCAGGAACAAUAUUGUCAAUGCCAACAAAUAUGAUGCCUUCAAAUAUUGGUUCAGCUCAAACGUUAAACCCCGGAUCAUUUUUACUACCACCUACAAAUUUUCCUGCAAAUCCGGCAAAUCUCACAUGUACGGUUCCGCUUUCAAGUCCACCACAAAUUCAGGCACCGAUUCUCCCAUUUUUCUCACCUACUUCCGGUAAUAUCAUGUCAUCCAACUCUUCAUCCCUAUCUAUGCCACUGCCGUUCGGUGCUCCUAUGUCUCAUUUUGUUCAUCCAGGUCAUAGUAAUUCACUCUCCACGUUUUCUUCGUCUGUGUCUACAUCUGGGAAUCCAUCUACAGUACCUGUAUCUUUAUUUCCAUCUAAUAAUCAAAUAUCAUCCAGUAUCUUGUCUUCUCAACCAAUGGUACUACCUACACUCCCUGUAGCAUUUAGUAAUCAAGCUCAAACAAGCUCUGUCAAUGUCUUACCCAUUCCCAUGGGAAUGCCUCAAUCCAUACCAUCGAACUCAAUAGCAGAGACAACGAAUUCUUUUCUCGUAUCAUCCUCCAACUAUACAACACCAAUCUAUACAGCGACUUUAUUCCCUUUAAAUAAUCCUACUAUUUUACCAAUCACCACAGUUGCCAGUUUGUCUUCCAAUCUAGGUGCAGCCUCUUGCUUGCCAUCUGUCAAUGGUGAUCAUGCUUCGACAACAUCAGUAAAAAAUGAAAAACCUCUUGUCUCAGUCCCCUCAAAAGUUGGCUGUGUUAGAAACUUACAAGCCUUAGAGGCGGUUGACUUUCACCGAGACGCCAUCUUGGAUGCUAUUGAUAAGUUGCGUGAAAGAAAAGCUCGACCUGAUUUUGAACGCAUUUCCUGUCUGUUAAAAAGACAUCAGAAUAUAAACUCAGAACAAACUCACUUAUGCCUCCAACGUCUAGCAGAUGCUGGAGCAGUUGUAUGUGUUGAUUACAAAGGUAAUUUAAGCUAUCGAAAUCCAUCAAAAUGGCGUAAAACUGCAGCUACUUCUGGUACUGGUAAUACUAACUUACCUAGUGUUAGUCAUAAACUAGUUGAUGCUAUUCGUAGUCUUAUGGAAAGUAAUUUGUCAAGCCAGUCAACACAGUCAUGUACUAAUUUAAUUCCAUUUUCACAACCCGGACCAAAUGGUGGUUAUAGUCUUUUUCAAGUCGAACGAGCCUUGCAAUUUUUAAAUGAUGUACAUGGUUCACCUAAGUCAAUGCCAGAAUUGACUGGAGCAACUCUUCGUGUCUGUCUCGAUCGUGAAGCUACUCACGGAAAACUAGCUAAAACAUCGGAUGGACGUUAUAUAUUAGACGAGACAGGAGAACAUAAAAAAGCCUACAUGAAUAACAAUAGUAUGCAUGCUCCUCUAUUGUCUAAUAAGAAGCUAUUACCACCUAAUACUCCAUCUGGUGUCUACCAAACUUCCAACGGAUCAUGUUCUAAAGCAACUGGUAGAUUAGGACCGGUCGACCGUAAUACAACGCCUACACGGCUCCACCCUCUAGCGGCUAAACAAACUCCUAAUACUACGAAUGGAAAACCUAUUAAUUUAUCACUUACCCCUAAUUUUUCAAUGCCUCCAUUGAGUUCCGGUAGGAGAGGACGCCCACCCGGUUCUAAAGCCAAGAAGACUUCUGGUGAAGUAAAUUCAUGUGAAAAGAAAGUCAAAGUUGAAAAUUCUCCUACUACAUUUGGAAACACAGCUGUUCCUGGUGGAGUAGACUCUAAUACUUGUAGUGGAUUGAAUACUCCUUCUUUAUAUAUAUCUGAUGCUAAUUCAAGCAGCCUAGUUCCAACAUCAUGUUUAACUGCACAUCCUGCGAAUGAACUUCCAUUCUCUUCAGCAAUCCCAGUUCUACCUUCUAGUUCUUUUAUCACUGUAAUUGCUUCUAGCAGUAAUAACUGUCCAAAUAUCUUACCUGGAACUAUUCUACCUACCCACUUUUCUGCACCUUCAAGUAUACCUAUCGAUUCUUCUCUAAUGACGACUAUUUCAUCUCCGUUUCUGUCUUUCCCAUUAUCUCAAGGCUUGCCAUUGCCACCUUUGUUUUCUAGUACAUCGAACUUAUCGCAUAAUUUUACAAAUCCUCAACUGACGAUACCUUUAAAAUCUGAUAAUCUGUUAACACCCGAUUCAUUUAUGUCUGAUAUGGAUUGUAGUGCAGUAGACAAACAGGAAGAAAAAGAUGGUCCCGUUUGUUACUGUUGUGGUGGUCUGCCAACAUGUGAAGAAGCCUUUCUUAUAUGUAAAGACUGUGGCCUUAACGCUCAUCCAACUUGUUUAGAUUACUGGCCCGAAUUAACAGAACGUGCACGUCAAUCUCCAUGGCAGUGUUCAGAUUGUAAAACUUGUACAGUUUGUAACAAUAGUGAAUGCAAAAGUGAUUUGAUUAUAUGUGAUGCAUGUGACAAAGGCUUUCACAUUGAAUGCCAUCGACCGAAACUUGAAGAGUCAAUAGAUCGUAGUCUUCCAUGGGUUUGUGCCAAUUGUCAAGAUGAAGGUUAUCGUGUAGCUAUUGGUACACUUCCAUCUAGUGUUAAUAAUCAAACUUAUUCAUCACCUAAAAAAAUUAAAGAAUCUAAUGAUGAUUCUAUGAAAAUUCCAUUGAAAGAAAUCAAUACAUCUUAUGAAUGUGUCACAAGUGAAUCUAAACAAGAAAUAGAUGAGUCUGGUAUAGAAGAAAAUAUUAUCAAAUCUAUUGAAUCCUCACCUCAUUCUACAAUUGACCAGAGUUUAGCAGCGGCUCCCAACCCAGUUUGUAAUAAAAAUAUUCCAGCAGAUAUAAGUUCCACAGGUCAUUCGUCAUCUGUAUUGUCACCAACUAAAACUUGUUAUUCCACAUCACCCAAAUUAAAUGAACCAGAUAGUAAUACUAUUAACAGCAAUACAUAUGAAACAAGUUCUGUCCAGUUAGAUGGUGAAUGUUUUCAUGAAAACAAAUCCUCUACAAUAAUACAAGAAGAUGCUACAGAAAAUGAUAAUAAAACAUCAUCUAUUUUGUAUAAUUCAACAUCAGAUCUUUAUCUUAAAUCAUGUUCAGAUGAUAAUAGUAAUAAUAAUAGUACUAGCAUUAGUAAAGAAAUCAAAAAUGGAAACGAAAAUACUAUUGAUUCGAACAUAGUUAUAAAUGGUGAAAAUCAAGAAAUUUCAUUAAAUAAUAAUCGCCCAACAGAUGUAAGUAUUUGGUCAGUUGAUCAUGUUCAACAGUGGCUAUUAGAAGAAGGUUUUCAACGUGAAGCUGAAGCAUUUUAUCAACAAGAAAUUGAUGGUACUUGUUUGUUAUUAAUGAAGCGUAUGGAUGUACUCACGGAACUUGGCAUUAAAUUAGGUCCAGCAGUGAAGAUUUAUGAAAGAAUAAAACGUUUUCAAUCGCAAUGUGGUUCACCAACUUAGGAAACACUAUUAAAGAAAAUAAGGAAAAUUAACAGUUAUUCCUAUAUUUUAGAGUGUACAUAUAUAAGUAUCUACACAAAUUAACUCUUCCUCAAAAACAUAAUUAGUCUCUUCACAAGUUUCUUCUUUUUUUAAAAAAAACCGCAAUUAUUAGUGUUGUUAUUAUUGUUUACAUUUGAUUACAAAAAUAGGUUCUUUAAUUUCAACGUUUGUACAAGUUGUUAUAAUUUUACCAGAAAAAAUUCUUUCAUACAACGGUUUUUUGUGGAAAAUAAUUGUAUUAUCUAAUAUUUUGUCAACAAUCAUCAUCUAUUGUUUUUCCAAUGAACGUUAAAAAAAUCAAUUGUUACGUAUGAUUGAACAAUAAGAUGCAAGUUCAAAUCUAACUUCCGACAAUCUAAUGUUUACUCAUGAUUUUAUUUUCAAUAGAAGACUCUGUAUUUGACUUUUGUAUGUUGACAUAAAUCUCAAAUAAAC